AAAAAAUGUCAGCUAGGAAAUUCGACGAAAAUUAAAAAUAAAUCAUUCGUAACUUUCAAAAACAGAACAACAAAAGGAAACACAAUGGAAAAACAGCCGCAAAGAAAGAAUGUUUUAAUCGAAGACAGUAUGCCGGAACCGCUCGAGAGACAACGAUUGAAAUUAAUCUAUAAAAUUGUUUGCUUUGCCUUUGGCAUAUUGUCCACUGUUAUGAUAUGCAUUUUGAUUCGGCUAUCCGACAACUUGACAGUGGAAAAGAAAAAGCAAGCUCUACGUCACUUUGAAGAGAUUGCCAAUCAUGUAAUUGAACAACAGAAUCACUAAAUCUGAGUUCAAGUAGGAAAGACGAUGAGUGCUGAUUGAAUGCAUAUGGCGGAUGCUAUGAGAAUACACAUUAUUUAUGCUGCUACGUAUGUGUAUAAACUCAUGUAUAUAUUUGUUAGUUCAUUAAAACAUAGUUACUGAUUUAGACAGAAAAAUA